GCCCCCGGCAUCCGGGUCCGGAACCUCCUUUCCAGCAGUGACACGCUCCCCUGAAGACCCGGUCACCAGUUAAGUGACAGGCGCGACUGCCAGACAAAUAGGAUGCCCAUAUGGAGAGAUUUCUCAAACUCCUAAGUACACGAGAACGGGCUCAAGCUACUUAAAAGUGGAAGUAGAUGUUCAGAUUGUCAUCGGCAAUUGUCCUGGAAUGUUUGUCUUUAUCGUUAGAGAGAAAGGGAAUGUGUGAUGUCCCGGGGCUCUGGCUAGAGGGCCCUGGUAGUUAAUCCUGACGCCUGAAUUUAGUCCCCAGAACCCACGUUGUGGAAGGGGAGAACGAAAUCCCGCAGUCUGAUCUCCACACUCGACUUGGCACACACACAAGUACACUUACGACAGAUAAGUGAAUGUUUAAACAAGGGUGGGAUUUUCUUUUAAGGAUAGCCUAGUGGGGCCAGUCUGGGAGAAAGUGAGAUCAAAGCUGCAUGGCUAAUAAUAACAGUGAGUAAGAGAGUUUCAGACAGCUUCAGUGCUGUGAAGAAUAUAAUGGUGUGACCUGGUGGAGAUUGGCUGGCUGCGAUUGAGCGAGCCUGAGGAGCUAUGGCAUGCAAGAUAAGGAAGAGCCUACCUCGUAGCCGCAGGGAGAAGGGCAACAGGAACCUUGCUCUUACAGAAAGAAUCGCCACUGACUGAGCCGGAGAAGCUGGCUGGGGCCCAAAGAGAGGAAGGCUGUAGGGACAUUGCUGGUUCUUCAGGGGUUUGUAAGGGGUUGGGGAGCUGUCCCAAGGUAACAGGUGGGACACUAGUGGUCAAUCUUGGAGAUAUGCCACAAAGAGGGUUUGAACAAUGGGAUCGUGUGGGGGAUGAGUGAUACGGGAGUGGGGGGGGGUGCUUCCCCAAAGGGAAGGAGGAGAGUUGUAGGCUGUGGGUGGAGGAUGGCUUGGGGAGGUGGGCAGUGCCUCCAUGCUUAACGUGAAUCUGGAAGAGGCCAGGCCAAGGCUAGGGCAACCUGGGAAGAGACAGGAGAGCUGCCCACUCCGUGCUGCUCCGGAAGUGGUGUCCCUCCCAGACUGUCUCAGACCCGGCCCUUACCUUUCUUCUCACAGAAGCCUGGCUGACUUGUUGGGUACUGCCAUGGAGGAGCCACAGUCAGACCUCAGCAUUGAGCCCCCUCUGAGUCAGGAGACAUUUUCAGACUUGUGGAAACUACUUCCUCAGAACAACGUUCUGUCCACCUCGCUGACAUCUAAUUCCAUGGAAGAUCUGUUCCUGUCCCAGGAUGUUGCAAACUGGUUAGAAGACCCAGAUGAGGCUCUCCAAGUGUCAGCAGCGACUUCUGCAGCCCAGGACCCUGUACCGGAGGCUCCCGUGCCGGUGGCCCCGGCACCAGCCACUCCUUGGCCCCUUUCGUCUUCUGUCCCAUCCCAGAAAACCUACCAGGGCAAAUAUGGUUUCCGUCUGGGCUUCCUACACUCAGGGACGGCCAAAUCUGUCACAUGCACGUACUCCCCUCCCCUCAAUAAGCUAUUCUGCCAGCUGGCAAAAACAUGCCCUGUGCAGCUGUGGGUCACCUCCACCCCGCCGCCUGGCACCCGUGUCCGUGCCAUGGCCGUCUACAAGAAGUCACAACACAUGACAGAAGUCGUGAGACGCUGCCCCCACCACGAGCGCUGCUCCGAUGGCGAUGGUUUGGCUCCUCCUCAGCAUCUUAUCCGGGUGGAAGGAAAUUUGCGUGCCGAGUAUCUGGAUGACAGGCAGACUUUUCGGCACAGUGUGGUAGUGCCAUACGAACCACCUGAGGUUGGCUCCGACUGUAGUACCAUCCACUACAACUAUAUGUGUAAUAGCUCCUGCAUGGGAGGCAUGAACCGCCGGCCCAUCCUUACCAUCAUCACGCUGGAAGACCCCAGUGGGAACCUGCUGGGACGGAACAGCUUUGAGGUUCGUAUUUGUGCCUGUCCUGGGAGAGACCGUCGCACUGAGGAAGAAAAUUUCCGGAAAAAGGGAGAACCUUGCCCAGAACUGCCCCCAGGGAGUGCCAAACGAGCUCUGCCCACCAACACCAGCUCCUCCCCCCAGCCAAAGAAAAAGACACUUGAUGGGGAUGGGGGAUACUUCACCCUUAAGAUUCAUGGUCGGGAACGCUUCGAGAUGUUCCGAAAGCUGAAUGAGGCCUUGGAGUUCAAGGAUGCUCAUGCCGCAAAGGGGUCAGGAGACAGCAGGGCUCACUCCAGCUACCUGAAGUCCAAGAAGGAACAGUCUACCUCCCGUCAUAAAAAACUAAUGAUCAAGAGAGAGGGACCUGAUUCAGACUGACUUCCUCUGCCCCCAAUCAGCAACCUCCGAUCCCCCUUCUCCUGUCCUGCCAUUGUGUGACUUGGGUGGUGGGAUACACCAACUCAGCUUUUAGGAUUCUGACCCUGAGAAGAGUCUUGAAGAGAGGAAGAAAAUUCCUGUAGGUGGGGUUGAAGUUUCCAAUUGGCUAUAUGCAGCGGUGAGGCUUUUAUACCUUGUGGCUAAGACUUGGCCCCCUCUGUGAGCGCUGGUUCCUGGCCCCUGUUGGGGGAUGGGUUGGUAGUUGCCAGGUCUCUGCUGGCCCAGCGAAAUCCUAUCCAGCCACUUGUUGGACCGUGGCACCUAAAAUGAAAUUUCACCCCACCAUACACCCUGUAAGAUUCUAUCUUGGGCUCUCAGGGUCCCUAUCCACCGAAACCCAUUUUCCUUCCACCCUGUGCUCAGGAUCAGUGUCUUUGAAACUCUGCCUCCCCUUUCUGCCUUUACCACCCCCUCCCUUUUUAUACCCCCUUUUAUAUAUCAAUCUCUUAUUUUACAAUAAAAUUUUGUUAUCACUUGUA